AUGACAGCUUCAGAUUCCGACUCCCCACAGCGCGCCAUCGUCAUCGCCAUCAGCGGCUGUUCCUCCAGCGGCAAGACAACGCUCGCCCGUCUGCUCCGCGAUCUCCUCCCUGAGACCUUUAUCAUUCAUGAAGAUGACUUUUACAAGCCCGAGGCCGAACUGCCCAUCAAAGACGGCCUUGUCGACUGGGACUGCCCUGAGGCAAUAGCCUUUGACGAUCUCGAGCGCGCCCUGAGACAUGUUCGUGAGAAGGGAACAUAUCCUGUUAGUGGUGCCGGCGAUGUGCCCCCCUCUCCCUCUUCUUCUUCCCUAGCACCCUCAAGACCUGUGCCCCUUUCUCGCCGCAGCGACCACGGCUGUGUGCUUCCUUUACCGCAUCCCAUUUCUGUCACAUCCUCCUCCUCCUCUUCCUCUUUUAAUUCCAUAGCAUCCACAUCUGUAUCCUCAACACACAUCCCUUCAUCCUCCACUUCAACAACGGUCAACAGCUCACUCACCAUCCCGCCAACCCUCUCCCCCCCGGGACAACAGCCCUUCCUCGACUCCAAAGAAGACCUCAACUCCGUCGGCCCGUCGCCCGUAACCCCCGAUCAAAUCGCCUGCUGCAGAGCCAAAAUCAACGAGUGGCUUUCCCCCGGUCACCCGGGCUCUCUCAUUUUCGGCUCUCCCUCCUCCCCCGACGACAGCAAUCCGACCAACACCAAACCGAGGAUAAGACUCUGCAUCCUAGACGGCUUUCUCCUUUACACCCCGACCACCACCCCGCCCCCCUCGGAAUCAUUCUUCCCCCUGUCCAAAAUCCAACCCCUCCUCGACAUCAAACUCUUUCUGACUGUCUCCAAAUCCUCCGCCACCCGUCGCCGCGAAGCCCGUGACGGGUACGUCACACUAGAAGGCUUCUGGAAAGACCCGCCUGGGUACGUGGAGAAGAUUGUCUGGCCUAAUUACGUUGAGGCGCACAAGUGGAUGUUUGAAGGGGGGGAUGUUGAGCGGGGUGUGGUCAAUACAGAAGUGGCUGAUAGGGAGGGUGUGAGGGUUAUGGAUACACAGGGAAGGGGGGAUGUUGAGUUUGGGGAGGUGUUGAAGUGGGCUGUGGGGGAGGUUAUGGGGGAGGUGGAGAGGUUGUGUUUAGGAGAUGGUAAAUGA